UUGUAAUAAAGUCUCGAAAGCAGACCAUUUUAUGGCCCUACGGUCAGUCUUAUUACCGGACAUUCACGGGAUGCGUUAUUAUAACGCUAUUCUUUAAAAAAACUAAUUGAAAUUUAUGAUACUUCCAUUAUAAUAUUUAAUAAAGUGAAAAAAUUAUUCUACUACAAAUAUUUUUUAAUAUUUGAUAAUUUAUCUAAACAAUAAUUCAUUAUUAGAUCUUAUAUUAAUAUAGUCGCCUAUAAUUGCGUUAAUAAUUUAAAUUGGUGUUGGUGUUUAAGUUACGUGAAAAAAUUAUUUUCCGUUAUGGUGCAGGAAAUGAAUUAUUGGAUUAGAAAAUAUAUUCAACUAGUUUGUAAAAUAAAAUGCUGAAAUUAUUGUUUAUAUUAUUAUUCUUAUUGUAUAUUAGUUACGGGCAACUAAUUAGAGAUACAAGAUGUUUUUUGGAAAAUGGAGCAUCAGCUUCUCAUCUUUUUGUGAGCGAAGACAAAAGUGUUGGGGAUACAAUAGGUGUCCUUGGAGUACUCGGAGAUCCAGGUAUUGAUGGAGAUAUUGAACUUAGACUACAAGAGCGUGAUAGUCCGGUAACCAUACUACCCCAUUCGCGUAAUUUAACCCUCAUUAAAACUCUUGACAAAGAAGGAAUCGAUGGCCCAGCUAGUGUUUACAUCACCGUUAUUUGUGAAAGACGCCAUACUUUAGAUCCUGUCUUUUCCAUUCCGGUAAAUAUACGAGUUACUGAUGCUAAUGAUAAUGCUCCACAAUUUGUCAAUGCUCCGUACAUUCUAAACAUUUCAGAAGUCACUGUGGUGGGUACUCGAGUUUUACAAGGAGUAAGAGCUGUGGACAUAGAUCAACCUGGGCCUUAUUCAAUUGUUCAAUACAGCAUUCUUCCAGGCCCACAUUCCGAUUAUUUUUUUUUCAUAAAUGCUCUUGAAGGAACGCUGGUACUAAAAAAACCACUGGAUUUUGAAACUCUAAAUAACUUUUCUGUUAUUAUUCGUGCUCAGGAUCAAGGUAAUCCGCCACAGUCAUCUCUUACAACGCUGUCAGUAAACGUAAUUGAUGCUGAUGAUCAAAAUCCUGUAUUUAGUCAUGAUCAGUAUAGAGUUAUUAUACCCGAUGGAUUUCAAAAUAAAAAAAUAAUUUUGCCUGUAGAACCUGUACCAAUAAAAGCUGUAGACCAGGAUAUUGGUAUAAAUGCACCUAUUAAAUAUACAGCUCAAAAUGGUAUUUUGCCAUUUUUACAUUUAAAUUCUCAAACUGCUGAAAUUACUUUAAUACGUAACUUAUUGGAUCAUGAAUUACUUACACCAUCUACAAUAGUUAUCAAGGCGACACAAAUAGAUAAUCCAGACCGAUUUAGUUUAGCAACUGUUAUAAUAUCCAGAGAAAGUAGUAUUAAUGCGAUUCCUACAGUAGACGUAAAACGGCCAGUAAAAUUUAUUCUUCAAGAUUUUACGAUAAACGUUCCAGAAAAUACACCGCGUGGUAGUGUAAUUCUUUCUACUGGUCUUAACAAAAUCGGUUCAAAUUUAAAAUAUUGGCUUGAAAAUACAGCAGAUGAAAAUGAGAAAUUUUCUGUUUCGUCUGUCGGAGAAAUUAUUCUCAAGGAACCAUUGGAUUAUGAAAAAAAAAUUAUACAUAAUUUUUUAAUUCAUGUUACAGAUGGUAUUAAUAAUGAUACAGCACGUGUGCACGUGGCAGUAGAAGAUAUUAAUGAGUGGGAACCAAGAUUUCGUCAUCCAAGAUAUGAAUUUCAUGCUCAUACUAUACGAGAAGGAUCUAUUGUCGGAAAAGUUGAAGCAGCCGAUGGUGAUAGAGGCGAUAGAGUUACAUUAUCAUUAAGAGGACCUGACGCUCGUAAUUUUCAAAUAAGAGACAACGGUGAGCUCAUUUUAACAUCUUCAGGACCAUUCAAUAGUACAUUAGCCCGUUUAGUAGCUGUGGCUACUGAUUCCGGAAAACCACCACGGACUAGUAUGAUUCCAUUAAUUGUACAUUUACCAAGUACACGGUCCAAUCCGAUCGCAGCACGUGCAGCCCCAGCUUGGCUUAGUGGGAGCAUUUUUCUUGUAGCUGGGUUUGGAGUUGUACUUGGUCUACUUGGGAUCGUUAUAUUAAUUCUAAUUUUAUAUAUUUACAAGCAAAAACGACCAAAAAAUGAAGGAUUGGUAAACUCAAUUGGAACAGGAUAUAGAGGUAAAUCACCAGUACCUUCCGCAUUGAAUCCAAGCCCUCAAAUUUUGGGUGCAAAUGUUAUUAACGAUAUAUCAGAAGAUACAAAAAAAAACUCACGAUCUAGAAAUAAAAAUAUAAACAAUCCAGUGUUUGGAAAAGAUAAUCAAAGUUUAUACAAUGCUGCGGGAGCAUUAUCGACACGACAUAUCCCGGGAUAUAAUCGACAUAAAGUUGCUCCAUUACCGAUUCCACCUUCAUUAUCAGCAACUUCGAAUAUACCAAACAUCGGCGGUUUGGUACAAAAUAUGAAUGAUUUAAGUACAAGAGCUAAUAUUGAUACUGUAUCACAAGAUUCUUCAAAUUAUUCAGUUGAUCCGCCCGACUCAUUAAUUCCUGUCUGGCCAGCAGAGGAUUCUUCGAGACAUGUAAAAAAACUGUCUUGGAAUGAUGACAGAAUUGUAGAUAAUGUUACAGACGAUAAAAUAGAGCAGCAAAAUGAAAAUAAUUAUCAAGGACCUGAUAAAUUAAAUCUGACUGUUUAUUUUUGAAAUAAUUUUGUUAUAAUCAAAAAUAAAUUUUUUUUUUUGACCAAGCGAUUCAAGAAUAAAAUUACCUACUUA